CAUAGGUUUGAUGAUACUAGCAUCUGUUGGUUGGUUUAUUAUUUUUUUGAAGAGUGAAAGAAACACAUAGUGGUGCCCUCAGUUACAUUGAUAAAAUUUGACUAUAUUUAAUCAAGAACGAUAGAAGACAAGAUUACGACAGGCGUUUACAGUUAGUUAUUUUGAGUUUUGAGUUCCUGUUGAGUGACAAGUUUCACGACCACGAACACGCGAGCAGAACAAAAUUGCACUGUGGUACAAAACAAUAAAACCAAAUCAAAGAGCUGAAGUCAAGUGCUUAAUUAUUGUUUAAAAUUCUAAGUGAAAAAUAUAUUUACUCGUUAAAAUGAAGUGUGUAGUACCUGGAUGUAUGUAUAUAUAAAUGAUGACGUAGUGCAGAGGGUUCAAACCAAAACAAACAAUCGAAGUGAUCGGUAGUGCUUUACUAUUUUAUAAAAAAUAAGUGAAAAAUAUACGAUUUUUUAGGUUGACGAAUAUUUUAAAAUAUUUAUUUACGAUUUAUUAAUUAUUUUUUAGUAUAUAUUAUUUAGUAUUUACAUAUUUUUAACUAAAGUGAUAUUGUAUCUAUUUCAUGUUCAAUUUGUUUCACUGUACAUAGCAUUUCCGUUUUCCAUUUGACAUUUCUUCUGUUGCCUAUUCCCAUUCGUUGGUCGUGAACGCUCAGCCUGUCGUAAUCUUGUCAUCUAUCAUUCUUGAUAUUUAAUAUUUUGUGCAGAUCCUGGGUUCCAAAAUGGUAUAACCACAAAGUUGCUACGAGAGUAUAAUAGUUUUGUUCACAUAAUACGCCUGACAGACGGCAAAAGUAAUUCGGAUUAACUGCGCUUUUAAUCAGUUCCAAUUUUGUGGGUGACAGACGGCAGCAAAGCGAGUUAUAAACUCUCAUAAACAGCUGAUUGUCAUAAUUAUAAUAUUUUCAGAGUGAUACAGUGAAACAAUAAAAAUGGAAAGACGGCGAAUAUUAAGGUUGUUAGCAGUCCAAAUGGUUCAAAACCACUUUUUAAUACAAAAACAAUUAAAUACACUACUUCUAAAACUCCAUCGGAAUAGGAGAUUCAUUAAUGAAAUGCAACAAACGAUAGUACAAACUAGUAAUGCAGUGGCGAUUUUCCAGACACGCCAAAGAAGGGCAUGGAAAUUUGAACGCAAUGGCACUUUUUGAGAGUACGAUGUGGCAAAGAUGGACGACAUGAGGUUUAAGGAAAAUUUUCGCCUAAACAAAAAAGCUUUUAUAAAACUUUGCCAAAAAGUUAAGGAAAUAGAAAAGGAAAACAAUAACAUGAGACUUUGCAUUCCUGUUGAAAAAAGAGUGGCUAUUGCCUUAUAUGCAUUAGGUUCGUCUGCAGAAUAUCGAACUGUUGCCAGUUUAUUUGGCGUAGGACGCACUACAGUUGGAGAAAUUGUACUGGACUUUUUACACAAUUUUUUAAAAAUUGAAAAUGAUGACAUGCCUUCUUCGUGGAUUCAAGAUACAGCAGGAAGAACCAAAGAAAAUCAACCACGUCACACCACAAGAGUUGGGGAAAAUGAUGUAACAGCAUCGGCAAUUAGAAAUGCAAUAUCUUUGAGUUUUGUUGACGACGGUAUUGGUGGAGAUGAUGGUGAUGGCGAUGACAACGAAGGUGAUGGCGACGGUAGAGAAGGUGAUGGCGACGGUAGAGAAGGUGAUGACGACGGUACAGAAGGUGAUGACUACGGUAGCGAAGGCGAUGGAGACGGUAGUGGAGGUGAUGGAGACGCCAACAUGAACGUUGGUGACGACACCACACAUGACGGAGCUGGCAGUGCAGAGGUUGCGGAUGGUUGCUGA